AAUGAACUAAUCCGGUCUAGAGCCGGUCGAUGUCAAAAUCGAAAUUCAGACCCGGUCUAAUACUGAAACCAAAAUAAGGUCGAAUCAUCAUCGACGUCAUCAUUUCCCCAAUCAAGCCAGAAGAUCUAGAGAGAGGGCAAAAUUCCGUCGCCGAUUAGCCCUCUCUCGUCUCCAAUUCAAUCAAGAAACACACUGGGACCAUAAACCUCGAGUGUUUAAUUUCCAAACAAUGUCCAUAUGGUUCAUAAAUUGUUUGUGAAUGCGAAGGCCGAAUGCUCGUGUGGCAGUAGCAGCAGUCAAUCAUUCUGAUCUCAAUACAGACCAUAAUAAGAUGGAUAACUCGAUAAAGCUCAAAUUUCGCUCCAGUCAGUUCCUUCGACCCACAAAUCUCUUUUCCAGAAACCACAAACAAAAUCACCAUUCGAAAUCGAAAAUCCUUGCCAUCGGGUUCUUAAUCCUAGUUUGUGUAUUGUCAUGUUAUGUGUAUCUUAACUUACGACACUCCACACAAAACCGAUAUCGAAUCGUGAUCGAUGGAGGGAGCACGGGGAGUCGAAUCCAUGUAUUUGAGUAUGUGAUUGAAGACGGGGCUCCGGUUUUCGAUUUUGGUAGUAAGAACAGCUUGGGUUCCAUGCGGAUUACCCCGGGUUUAUCAUCAUUUGCAGAGGAUCCAGAUUCGGCUGGUGUGUCACUGUUGGAGUUGUUGGCAUUUGCGAGGAAGAGAGUUCCAGAAAAGGAAUGGGGAAAGACGGAGGUCAGAUUGAUGGCAACGGCUGGUUUAAGGAUGCUGGAUUUGGGUGUACAGGAGCAGAUUCUGGAGUCUUGCAGGAAAGUUCUAAGGCGUUGUGGAUUUGAGUUCAAUGAUGAUUGGGCUUCAGUUAUUUCAGGGCCGGAUGAGGGAGUUUAUGCAUGGGUUGUGGCUAACUAUGCUCUUGGAACUCUUGGAGGCGAUCCUGAAGAAACAACAGGGAUAAUAGAACUCGGUGGUGCUUCUGCUCAGGUGACAUUUGUCUCAAGAGAGUCAAUACCUUCUGAAUUUUUGCAAACAGUCAAAUUUGGGAAGAUCAGUUACACACUUUACAGCCAUAGCUUACUUCAUUUUGGUCAGAAUAUUGCAUUUGACUUACUUCAGGAGUCUAUUGUUGCAAAAGGUCCUAACUUGGUUGAUCCAUGUUCUCCAAAAGGCUAUGAACACAAUGUGAUGACUAGGAAAGAGAAACUCACUCCUACUUUGUUAAAAUAUGAGCAAUUAUCCGAUCUACAUGCAUCUGGAAACUUCUCAGAGUGUAGAAUUGCUUCCUUAUCUUUCUUGCAGAAAGACAAAGACAAAUGUGCAUAUGAAAAAUGCUACAUUGGUUCAACAUUUAUACCCAAACUUGAAGGAAAGUUUUUAGCAACCGAAAAUUUCUUCCAUACAUCCAAGUUUUUUGGGUUGUCCCCAAGAACAUUUCUUUCUGAACUUAUGGUGGCUGGACCAAAAUUCUGUGAAGAAGAUUGGUCAAAUCUAAAAGUCAAAUACCCGAGUUUCCAUGAAGAAGACUUGCAUCGUUAUUGCUUCUCUUCUGCUUACAUUGUUGCUUUACUUCAUGACUCCCUUGGAAUCGCCUUGGAUGAUACAAGGAUUGGAUAUGCUAAUAAGGUGAAUGAUAUUCCACUUGAUUGGGCUUUGGGGGCGUUCAUUUUACAAAGUUUUAAUGAUAUGGGUGUUGACCAUUUUGACCCCAUGAGCCUCAUGUGA